AUGGACGACGCGGUCCGGCUGAGUGCCGACGCUUUUCGCAAUGUCUACGAAGCAAGCUUCAAGCUGUGGUUCACACUCUACCACAACGCGAUUGAGAACCCAGGCCUUCCCGCCUCGUACCUUGCUGUCCACAACGCGUUCCGUUUGCACUCUGCCUUUCUGCGAGGCCUGAAGCUGAAAAGCACCAAGUUCAGCAAGCAUACUGACGCGAUCUCGGUGUCCAUCCUCGAAACGCCCGAGCGCGGGUCGGACAUGGCGUCGUGGUUGGAUAGAAAGGACCAGAACUACGUUUCGUGGGCUGAAGUUAUGCCCGGGCCAUGCUCUCUCACAUAUACGGACAAGCGGGCAGCCGGCCAUCCUGACGGCGGGACGACCAAACAACAAGCUCAUCAAGCCGCCGCGACGUUGAUGAUUGGCGACGCCAGCCCAGAAGAGGCUCGAUGGUGGGCCGCCAUCCUCGCACCAGAUCAAGGCUGGCAAGCAAGCAUGGCUUUCGCACAAGAUACCAUCUUGUUGUCCCCUUGGUCAUUCAAACUCGAGUCCGGCCCCUGCUUUAUUCUCCACGCCGCGCUCGCUACAGUCCUGCUGUUUCCGUCUAUGGGGGCCGGGCGGCGCUUGAAGCUACCAGCUCUCACCAUCAACGACCAGGAACCAUCGACAAAGGAUGCAGUAUUAUCGUCUUCCCGGCAGUCCAACCCCGCCAAUGGGUACCUGCGGCAUGACUGGACGUAUGACGAUACGCGCCUGAACAGGCUCAUCACCUUGAGCUGCAACACUGCGGCAAUGCGCCCUAUACUACUCAGGGCCCGUGCAGCUAUCGAUUCGCUAGCGCAGGACAGACCCCUUGUGCUCGCGCGCAUGCUCAUGGAUCGAGUACCCCAGGUUGCCUCCCUCUGGCUUGGGGUGACGAUCCUAGGGCUGCAGAAGGAACUCCUACAAGAUGUUCGGUAUGCUUGCAUCCCCAUAGGCAUUCCCUCUGCAGUCUGGUCCGGGACCAUCCAAUCAUUCCUCCAGCAACCUGUCUCCAGCCCACCCGUGUAUCGCGGCCGGGUCUCCCGGGCGGACCAAUGUCGGUUACUGUUCCUAUCCAGGACUGGCCUCCACGAUCGGGCGCCCGUCUGCCAAUGGAGGCCGUUCGGUACGACACCAAUCGACGAUACAGACGUUGAAGUUCGGUUGCAUGCCAGGUGCAAGAACCACGUGCUCCAAUAUCAAGGCUUCUCCUGGGACUGCGCCGAAGGCAGCGUGGAAGUCUGUCCCAUUACGCGCGGGGGUACAGACAUGCACACAACUACUCCGCUCAAACCAAAGCCCCUUACGAGUCCAGAGCAGAUCCCCAUUUCGUAUGGAGGUCUGGACCGCGAAAGAGAGUCCGCAUCAGAAAAUGCAACACGACAGAUCUUCGGCUGGUUGCGUUUCGAGGAGUAUGCCGCGGACGAGAAAGGAAUAUGGGAGCACGAGUGGUUCAAAAUAUUGGACUCUGACGACGAGGACGGUUAUGGGAGCAAAGGCGGCUCGGCAAGCUCCCCGAAGUCUCUGGCACAGAAAAAGUCUUCAUUUUCAGGAUCACAUGUUGAGACGUGGCUCGAAAGGACGGAAUAG